GAAGCCUUUUACCGGUCUGUUCAUUCUCAUCACUCGUGUUGCAAGUUCUGCAUUGAAAAUGGCUGCUGUAUCAUACGUAAAUCCUAAAGCUGAAAUUGCACGUCAUGCUCAAGCUCUUUCCGUGAAUAUUAGUGCAGCUAGAGGACUUCAAGAUGUUCUGAAAACCAACUUGGGACCUAAGGGAACAAUGAAAAUGCUGGUUUCAGGAGCAGGGGAUAUAAAAAUAACGAAAGAUGGGAAUGUCCUUCUGCAUGAAAUGCAAAUUCAACACCCUACUGCUUCUCUCAUUGCUCGGGCUUCUACUGCACAGAAUGAUAUUUCUGGUGAUGGUACUACCUCCACUGUAUUGGUCAUUGGAGAACUCCUAAAACAAGCAGAUCUUUAUAUAUCUGAGGGUUUACAUCCAAGACUUAUAACUGAGGGGUUAGAUUUGGCUAAAAAUAAAGCUCUUGAGGUGUUGGAAAAUAUAAAAGUGAUCAAGGAAAUGGACAGGGAUACACUCCUUAGUGUUGCUCGGACCUCUCUUCGAACAAAAGUUCACCAUGAUUUAGCCGAUCGUCUUACUGAGGUGUGUGUAGAUGCCGUGCUGUCCGUUAAACAAGAAGGCUCCUCAUUAGAUCUGCACAUGAUUGAGAUCAUUGAAAUGAUGCACAAAACAGAACAUGAUAGUACAUUGAUUAAAGGACUAGUUUUGGAUCAUGGUGCUCGUCACCCAGACAUGAAGAAAUAUGUUAAGGAUGCUUACAUUCUUACUUGUAAUGUGUCCUUUGAAUAUGAAAAGAGGUAUUUGUUACCUGUUUCUGAAAAAUUAAACUUACAAGAACAUAUUUGUUUUAUCUCAUUCUUGAUGUUUGUUGAAUCUGGUAACUGUCUUUACAGACUGGCAUUGGCUUGUGGUGGAACAGCUGUUAAUUCUGUUGAGGAUUUGACCCCUGAAUGCUUGGGAACAGCGGGGUUAGUAUAUGAACAUGUUCUAGGCGAGAACAAGUACACGUUUAUUGAAGAAUUACAGAAUCCACACUCUGUGACAAUAUUAUUAAAAGGCCCAAAUAAACAUAGCCUCACUCAGAUGAAGGACGCUGUCCAUGAUGGACUUCGGGCUGUCAAGAAUGCUAUUGAAGAUGGUAGUAUAGUUCCUGGGGCAGGAGCUUAUGAAAUUGCAGCACAUGCAGCAUUGUCUAAGUACAAGAUGGAAGUAAAGGGACGGGCUCAGCUAGGUGUUCAAGCUUAUGCUGAUGCUCUGCUUGUAAUACCCAAAGUUUUGGCCUCAAAUGCUGGAUAUGAUUCCCAAGAAACCAUGGUGAAAUUGAUUCAAGAGCACAACAAUGUUGGUCAACUGGUUGGGCUGGAUAUCAAUUCAGGAGAAGCUUUAGUGGCUGCUGAUGCAGGAAUAUUUGACAAUUUUAGAGUAAAACGACAACUAAUAAAUUCAUGUACUGUCAUAGCUAGCAACCUUCUCCUGGUAGAUGAAAUCAUGCGAGCUGGUUUGUCAUCAACAAAGGGGAAAUAAUUCGUUCCAAAGUGUGGUGAUUCUGAUGAAUUUUUUGCAUGUUCAAAAAAAGUUUUUUUUUAUUUACCAGCAAAUAAUCAUAAUUUUCUUAGCAUUCCGUUAUUAAUAUAACAAAAUUGCUAACCACUUACUAAUAGUGUCCAUAUUGCUGUUUUGACAUAUUCAUCUGUAGUUCUCACAAUAAAACUGAAAUAUCACAGAA